AUCUUUCAGAUUAAUUUCCAAUUGUCUCUAGUAAACAGUUCUAUAUAUAAUUGCGAUGGAUUCAAAGGUUGGAGGCACCCAAUUGCAAAAGUUAUUAUCUUAUGAUGAAUUCGAACCCAUGUGCACAUGGCAACGUGAGGAUGGACAAGAUGUACUCGUGCUCCAUCUCCCAGAAUUCAAGAAGGAUCAACUAAGAAUCCAGAUUAGCAAUACUGGGAUUUUGAAGAUCACUGGAGAAAAUGUUGUAGAUGGUAAAAGGAGAAACCGUUUUUUGAAAGAAAUUAAGGUCACAAAAGAUUAUGACUCAAACAACAUUCAUGCCAAAUUCUCCCAAGGUCGUCUUCGUGUUACUAUGCCCAAAAAAGUUCCAACACCCACAAUGAUGGAUUCGCCUUCUGCAGCUGCGAUGGCAUUGCCUCAAGAUAACCAAAACGAUACUAUUGCCAACACAAACGGGAAAACGUCCAUCAUUCCUAAUAUAAGAGCAAGAGUAGGCAAAGUUGUGAAAUCUAAAGAGUUUUCUGCAGCAAUGGUGAAUGUUGGCUUUGUAGUGGUCGCGGCUUUUAGCAUUUAUGUUGCAUAUAAUUACUGGACUUCGUAUGUACGAGUUGAUGAAGAUUGAUUCAUUGAUCAAAUUUCUGGUGAUUAAUAUGUAUUUGUUUAUACGAUGGAUUGAAUCGUAUGAAAGAAGAUGAAGUAUUUAAAAUUGUUAUUAUUAUAAUGUAUAUCGAUUGAAAAGAAUUAUAGUGAAUUGUGAUCAAA